AUGCGCCGCGCGCCACUCGCCGUCGCUAGGCCAAACGAGCGCCGCGUGUGCGGCAAGCGCCCCGACCGCGCAGCACGGCGGCGCAGCGAGCCAUGCGGGAGACGCACGGGCGGAACGGGCGCGCGAGCAGCUGUGGGUGGUGGGGGAGGUCGAGGAGUGCACGGGCGGGGAGGAGGGGGAGCGGGCUGCGAGCGAGUGUGUGGGCACGUGCCCCGACAUGUGCCCUGGUGCGCGCGCGCCCCUCACUCACGCGCUACACCGCGCGCUCACGCGCACUCCCCAGCCACGCACUGCGCCGCCUGCUCGCUCGCUCGCUCCUCUCUUCUCUCUCUGCCGCGCACUCUCUUCCGUCGUUUCUCCGUCUGUCCUCGUCUUCCGCUCAUCAGUCGCCCCCUCACCACCUCCCUCUCGUCCUUGUCUCACUCCACCAUCGCUCAAUUCCCCCAAAUCAUCUCCCCCUCCCCCUCUGCUCCCACAUGUGCGCAAUGGCGGGCAGCGAGGGAGCGCGCGGCGCGCGAGCGGCUGAGGGACCUGGCGGUGUUCGAGCGACGGCGCGACGACCCCUUCAGCACGUCGCCGCUGCUCGCCGUUAAGAAGUUCUCCCGCACCCUGGGCGCUGGCGGUGUGGCUGUACCGCGCGACGAGAUCCGCCCGCCCGCAGUGCUCAUGCGCGCACUGGUGCACCUCGUGCGCAUCGUGGGGGGGGAGGGGACUGGCGCAGGUCACGGCGGAUGGCGGGGCGCGGAGCGCGGGGCGGUGGUGUUGGGCGAGGGGCGCAUGAGCGAGAGCGUGUACGAGUUUGUGAGCGACCGCAUGCGCGGCAUGCGGCAGGACAUGGCCAUGCAACGCAUCCAUGGCGCCCAGGCCGUGCACCUGCUCGCACCCAUGGUUCGCUUCCAUGCAGCAGCAGCAUACGAGCUCGCCACAUCCCUUACCCAUUCACUCCCUGCUGCCGGGCGAGAGGCAGGGAGCGCUGCUGCAGGCACGACAGGCAGGGGUGGCAGUGGUGGGGGCAGCAGUGCAUCGUUGAGGGGGAAGGGUGGGGGCAGAGGCGAGGAGGUGGCAUCAGGCGCAGGCAGGAGAGGCACCACCACCUGCGCUCCGUCGUCACCCUCACCGUCAGCGGUGCAUCGGUUUGACGCGCAUCUGAAUCUGAAGCAUCUGGCGGAGGCCCUGCGCAGCCUGCUCUUCGCCUUCUCCACGUGCCGCCACCAUGCCGCCUCUGCCCAUGCAUGCGCCCCACCCUCCCCUGCACAGCGCAGCUGCUCUGCAUCCAGCAGCAGCGCCACCGCUACAAGCGGCACGGGCAGCAGCAGCGGCGGCGGCGUGUGCACGCGCACAGGAGCAGCCACGGACGACCAAGGCGGUGGGGUGGAGGGGGGUGAGGCGGUGGAUAGCUGGGGCGAUGACUCGGGGUCAGUUGCAGAUGCGGAGGGCGUGAGGAGAGCAGCGAGAGGCGCAGCGUUGCAAGGGGCAGGAGCAGGUGGGAGGAACGAGGAGGAGCAAGCGGUGGAGAGUUGGGAGGAGAGAGAGGAGGAGGCGUUGGAGGGGGGGCAGGUGGGAAGCGCAGCUGGAAUGGCAGCGGUGGAGGCUGGUGGUGGAGGUGGUGGGGAGGAGGUGGAGGAGGAGGAGGAUGAGGAGGGCGAAUUCACGUCGCUGUAUGUGAUACUGCACAUGGCGCCUCACUCGCACAUGCCCACAUGCGAGUCCCUGGCACCCAUGCUCUCCUCCCUGCGCCCCUCCCUCCUGCGCUCCUCUCACAUGCGCCUCGCCCUCUCCCUGCUGCGGUGCGUCCUCCUGCUGGGUGAUGGGGAAAAGGGGGAAGGACCAGGGGAUGGGAACGGGGCAGGGAAAGGCGGCCCCCUCAUGUCCAUCCCUCUCCACCCCUCUGCUGGCCACCACCAGGAUUCAGAGGAGCAGCUGCAGGCCCUGUGCAGGCAGCUGGGCAUGCCCCUCAGCCCUCUGGACGCCACCCCGCCCUCCCACGUGCCUGCCUCUGCCCCACCAUCCCUCGCACCAAUGUCCCCCAUGGCCCUGGUGCCUCGGGAACCCCUGCACCCAGCAGUGCCAGCAGCGGGGGAGGGCAGUGGCGGCAUGAUGCCGUGCAGUGUGGUGGAUGCUAAAAGAGUAGGCUUUCGCCUUGCCUCGCUCCCUGCUCCCAUGUAG